AUGCUGGAAAACAAGAGGUUAUCCACUUCUCCAGGGAAAGGCAAGAGAAUGCUGGAGGAAGGGGAACCUAGCAAGGAGGAGGCUACCUCUAGGAAAAAAAGCAAGAGUGUCAUUGGGAUGAAAGCCCAUGAAGAAAAGAAUGACAUAGAGGAAACUGGAAAAGAGGGCAGUAAAAUGGAAACGGACGAGUCAGAGGGUGAGGAUAGCUGGAAAGAUGAGGAUGUGGGUGCAGAGUAUGAAGAAGGUGAGAACGAGUCCGACAAUGAUAGCCCAAUUCACAGUGCUAGCCCUGGCAACGACAAUAGCCAACCUAUAGUGGAUGUGGAUGAUAAGAAUAAUGAGGAAAAAGAGUUGAAUUCUAAGAGGGAGAAGAACAAGGAACCUAAGAAGGAUAUGGCAAAGGAUAGUUUGAGCGAGGAUAAGGAAAUUAUUGUGCUAGCUUUUCUUGGGUUUGUUCCUCCUAGUCGCUUAAUACUUUUAUCUUUUAAGGUUCUUUUGUAA